GAUUUAUUCCGCGACGGUAUCGAGUUAAAACAAAAUGGGCAGCAACAAGGCCCAAGUUUCCAGCCACUGAACUUGCUCUGCACAACUUUGACACAAGCUACAGUAUACAAUUAAGGGACCUUUGGCCCUCUAUUCGCGUUGCAAUGCUGUGUGAACAAAAGUAUGGAGCACUGAUAAACAGCUUCUCUUCAGCACCCAAUGUAAUAAUAGAUUUAGAAGCUCGAGGAUGUAAAGACUUCAUCAGUAGGCCUAUUGACUGUUCCAGAAAUGAAGUCCAUCCAUCUUCACAGGACUCCACAACCUCACACAGAGAUUCAACCGUGCUGGAACCUGCUGCUUUUCAACCCAGUAUAAGUCCCGAUAUAAAAUGUCUUAUUUUCCCCCAAGGAGACAUAUCUAGAUUUAAACCAGCUAGACCUGACAGCAGUGGCAUAUUGGGAUAUUAUCUUCUGGAUGCUGCCUCAGUGCUGCCUGUACUAGCGCUGGACGUCCAGCCAGGACACACGGUACUGGAUCUAUGUGCAGCUCCAGGAGGGAAGACUCUUGCUCUCCUGCAGACACAUUCAGUCAAUUAUCUGUGGGCGAACGACCUGUCAGGUUCCCGCACUAUGCGAUUACGCAGGACUCUUCAGAGCUACCUGACUAAAGAGUUCCUGGAUGAAAACAAAAUCCACAUCACUUCCACUGAUGGUCGGCAGUUAGGCAUGACAGAGGAGAAAAGCUUUGACAGGGUUAGUAUUGGGCAAAAUGUGUGGAAAAGAAUGGCCUGUUUUGUAACGUUAAUGAGAAUGCCAUGUUAUAGUUAUACUAAGAAAACAAAUUUUAGGAUUUGAAUUGAACCACAAUAUGAUUUGAUAGAAUUAUUAAAUUGCAGUUAACAAAAAUGCAGAUUAACAUUUCUUACAUUCCACUUCAUCAAAAUAUAAAUCAUGUGAGACCUAUUUAAUUAACAGCUUUAGAUGGAUAUAUGUCUUGCAGUGUAGUAUUUAUUUUCUAUUAUAUUUAAUUUUACUUAAAAAAAAAAAAAAAAAAAAAAGAAACAUUAGAGUCAGCACUACGACAGUAGCUGUGUCCGAAACCGCUCCCUAUCCCCUAUUUAGUGCACUAUAUCGGGUAUUGGACAUUUUGUAGUGGCGUCCGGAUUCUGAGUGAAUGUCAUUCCCUAUAUUCGUUCACUCUUUUAUACGCACAGUGCACUCUGAUUUCAAGUGUACAUCUGAUGUACACUUGCUGAAGCACUAUUUCCCAAAAUCCAAUGUGGAGA